AUGCCGGGUGCGCUGCCGCUACUCCACAGACAAAUCAGUCUCUCUGCGGCUCUAGACGACGAUGACAAUGUCCUCCAAGAGCUAUCAUACCCACAACGGCGCGUUGAUUUCUAUACAUGCCGUGUCGAAGAAGUCAAAGACUGGAUCUCCGGAAGCUUCAACGUGUGCAUCCCAGUUGUCAUUGAUGGGCAGGAUGGUAGAACAUCCAAAAAGGUCCUCAUGAGGUUUCCUCUGCCCUAUAGAGUGGGAGAGAGUCAACAACCAGGGAAUUCGGACGAGAAGAUUCGCUGCGAGGCUGCAACUUAUAUAUGGACUCGGCAGAACUGUCCUUCUAUAUCCAUACCGCAAUUGUGGGGCUUCGCAUUUGCACAAGGCCCAUGUUUCACCGCGAUUCAGCACACCUCCAUCUUCAGCCGCCUAAAAUGGUACCUUCACCGUGUGCUAUCGCCUCUUUUCGGCCUGAAAACGGGUUAUUUACUUUUGGACCACGUCGGGAGCUCGGAUGCUGUGAUGCUUUCUGAGUCUUGGGAUAGGUUACGCCACGACCGCAAACGCAGAGCCAACCUUUUCCGCGGGUUGAGUCAGAUUAUACUAUCAUUAGCCCAGUUUCCUUUCGACCGAAUAGGAUCUCUGACAAUCGAUAACCAUGGGAUUGUAAAGCUCACCAAUCGCCCUAUAACACUUCGUCUUCAUCAUCUAGAAAACGAGUCCGUCCCCACAAACAUGGACAGAGACCUCGUGUAUUCGACAAACGAUAGUUACUAUAUGGACCUGCUGUCCUAUCAUGACAGUCGGUUACGCCAUGUCCCAAAUUCGAUACGAGACAAGGCCGACGGUGAAGCGCAGCUGUCAACUCUGACCAUAAUGCGAGCUCUGCUGCCACAUUUCUCCUGUCGCAAACAUCGACGUGGGCCGUUUAUCAUGACCUUGACGGAUCUACACCAAAGUAACCUCUUUGUCGACAGCGACUGGAAUAUCAAGUCACUCGUUGACCUAGAGUGGACAUGCUCACGACCGGUUGAGAUGCUCCAUCCGCCCUAUUGGCUCACAAGUCGCGGAGUGGAUCAGUUAUACGAAGGAGAACAUCUUGAUGCUUUCAGUGAGAUUCAUGCCGAAUUUAUGGAAGUCUUCGACCAGGAAGAACAGAAUCGCUCUCAAGCGGGAAAGAAAAUUUUGGGUCUCGCGAGUAUCAUGAGGCGAGGCUGGGCAACUGGAAGUUUCUGGUACUUUCACGCACUCGAAACCCCCAAAGGUUUAUACAAUAUCUUCCUAGAUCACAUACAACCAAGAUACUCGAAACUAGAUGAUGCUGGGAUGGUGGAGUUUGAACGGACUGUGUCGCCAUAUUGGACCCCAGACAUACAAACUUUCCUUGACGGCAAGCUGAAGGAGAAAGAGAUAUAUGAAGGUCAUCUUCGUGAUGCCUUUUCAGUCGCCCAAGAAGAACAUCCAACCUAAAGUCACCUCCUGUGAGUUGAACCAUCGACUUGGUCGAUGUCAUGCUUGGUUUCGACUCCCGCUCUGCCCCGUGUCUCCUUGAGUCGCCGCUUGACUGCCAGCACUUUCAUUCUGAGCACGCCGACGUGCCGCCUGUCUCCGGCGAUCCUGGGCGCUCUUCCCAGACGAUGGCAACUGGUGCAUCGUCUUCUGGUC